AUGGACGUAUAUGUUCAGAUCACGGGUCUGGACUCAGGAAAAACGCGUGGAGUCAAGGCGCUACUCGACAGUGGCUGCAGUACCUGCUGCAUCGAUACCGACUACGCGCGGGCAGAGAAGCUGGAUAUCCAAGAGCUUCCGCAACCCAUCGUGGCUUGUAACGCCGACAACACCGAGAGCAUCAGCGGUCGGAUCACACAUUAUGUCGACCUAAGGAUGAGAAUUGGUCCUCAUGUGGAGACACGCAUGUUCCUUCUGACGUGCCUAGGGAAGGCCCGGAUCUUCAUUGGUCUUCAUUGGCUGAUGGAACACAACCCGGAGGUGGAUUGGCAGGAGCAGACGAUGAGAUUCAGCCGAUGCCCAGAGCGGUGUCACAUGAGGGGUCACGAGGAGCACCAAGCAAUGAUCGACAUGGAUGCAAUUGACCUGGACACGGGCGCACCGGAUCUGGAAGAGGGAGAAUCGAUCCUGUUGAUCGACUUUGGAAAGAAGUUGGAUCUACGGCUGAAGGAAACACCGGCGCAGAAAUUUGCAGAAGAAGCGGAAAAAGAGAAGGAGAGGAUGACCGAGGGGAAGAUUCCGGAUCAAUACCGGGAAUUCGUCAAAGUAUUUGCGAAGGAAUCAUUCGACUCACUACCGGACCGACGAACCUGGGACCAUGCAAUCGAACUCAAACCAGGCUCCAAAACAGUGGACUGCAAGGUUUACCCGCUAUCGUGA